AUGGUGUCAAAUUUUUUGAGAAAUAAUAUCAUUUGUCAUUUUGGGGUACUGAAAACACUAAUCACUGAUAAUGCAAAGAAUCUCAAUAAUGACAUGGUGGAUGGAUUAUGUGAACAGUUUAAGGUCAGGCAUAGAAAUUCCACUAUUUAUAGACCUCAGAUGAAUGGAGCGGUGGAAGCCACAAAUAAGAAAAUCAUUCUUAAGAUGACUGAACCACAACGGGAUUGGCAUGAGAAACCGUCUUAUGCAUUGAUGGCAUACAAAACUACGAUCAUGACUUCUAUUGGAGCAACUCCUUACUCUCUUAUGUAUGGAAUGGAAGCAGUAUUGCCUGCAGAAGUUAAAAUUCCUUCCUUACGCAUUCUAAUGGAAGCUCAAAUAGAAGAAACUGAAUGGAUCAAAGAAUGCCAUGAGCGGUUGUCUCUAAUUGAUGAAAAAAUGUUGAAUGCCGUCUGUCAUGGACAAUGUUAUCAGCAAAGAACGGCUCGUGCUUACAACAAAAAAGUUAAGUCUCGUUUGUUUGAAGUCGGAGAUAAAGUCUUAAAACGGAUUCUUCCAAUGCAAGAGGAGGCUAAAGGAAAGUUUGCUCCAAAUUGA